CUGCGGCCCGGCCCCGCCAUUCCCUCCCCUCUCCCCGCCGCACUCACAGCGUGACCCGGGAGACGGCGAUGCGGACGGGCACACUGCGCUCCUUGAAGGCGGUGGUGAUGAAGCAGCCAAAGUUUGUACUUCAGCUGCCUCUUCUCUUCAUAUUUUAUGAAGAAUAGUAUUUGGGUUGUACUAUUAGGCUUGAGUUUCUGUUUGGAAAAGGACACAGCAGCUGCCUGAUGUUUCCAGUCACUCCAGCUUCUGAAUUUCUUGUAACUCUCAGAUUGAAAGAAAUGAGUAGGAUUUAUAAUUGCAAUUGGCUGGAAGUGCCAUGGGGAGAUGGAGAUUUAGGUUCUUGGGCAGAUCGCUCGCCUCUGCAUGAGGCAGCCAGUCAAGGACGUCUUCUUUCUCUGAAGACUUUAUUGUCACAGGGGUACAAUGUAGACACACUAACAAUUGACCAAGUAACUCCACUCCAUGAAGCCUGCCUGGGAGACCAUGUAGGAUGUGCAAGAAUCCUCCUUGAAGCAGGAGCAAAUGUAAAUGCUACAACAAUUGAUGGAGUGACACCUUUAUUUAAUGCCUGUUCGAGAGGCAGUGCAGCAUGUGCUGAGCUCCUGUUACAGUAUGGUGCGAAAGCUCAGUGGGAGUCUUGUCUGCCAUCACCAACACAUGAAGCAGCCAGCAGAGGUCACAGUGAAUGUCUGGAGGUACUGAUAUCCUGGGGUAUAGAUGUUGACCAAGAUCUUCCUCAUUUAGGAACACCUCUGUAUGUAGCUUGUGUUUCACAGCAGAUCCAUUGCAUUCGAAAGCUUCUUUAUGCAGGUGCCAAUGUGCAGAAGGGAAAGCAUUUGCAAACUCCACUCCAUGCUGCUGCCCAGCAUUCUAGUACAGAGAUUGUAAACUUACUCCUUGAAUUUGGGGCAGACAUAAAUGCCAAAAAUUCAGAUUUUGAGAGGCCUGUUGAUUUAGCUGCCCCAAGCAGUUUAGUGGAAAGACUGCUGCUCUUCCAUGAAGCCACACCAUCUUCUCUUUGUCAGCUUUGCCGACUAUGUAUCCGAAAUUACAUAGGAAGAGCAAGACUGCAUCUUGUUCCACAACUCCAGUUGCCAACAAUACUUAAGAAUUUCUUACAGUACAGAUAACAUAGUAAUUAAUUGUUAGAAACUCAAAUAUAGUGAGUACAUUUUUUUUCUCUCUGUUUAUUGUAUGUUUUAUCCAAAGAACUGCUGGGCGGAAAAAAAAAGCCUUUUGCAUAUUGCUUAAAAAAAAUCUAUCUUUGACACCUGGUGUUGGUAAUGUAAUAGUAAUUGGGAGCCAUUCAGCAACUAGUGCCAAGGUGCUAAUCCAGCUGAAUUGAAUAAGUGUGCUGAUACUCUGGGACAUGAUUGUAUAACUUUAUCUUAACCCUUUAUAGCUUUAGUGCUGUUAACUUUAAUUGUGUUUAUGUUUUUAAAAUAUGUUUGACACAUCUGAACCACAAAGACUUUCUUCAUUAUUAUUUGUUAAGUUUGUCCAUUUGGAGUCAAUAUUUUAUGUAUUUUCAAAUUUCUGUUGUUCAUGUACCUAAAAAUACUUGGUAAUGGGUGCACUAUAUGCAUUGAUAAAAAUAAAACAAUUAGACAUCAA